AUGACCAUCGGUGAUGAGCUGGACUAUCAGUCGCGCUCUACACAAGGUCGAUUUUUACGCGGCCCUUCUGACCUCUCAACAGAUGCACCAUUGGUAGGGGAUGAUGCUCUUCCAACAGUUCAUCUUUUCAAUGCUGUCGACGAUGAAGACAGCGAGGAACUCAUAAAGUAUAAUAUGAUGGUUUACCGCUGUUUAAAUGCUACAGUUUGCAUGUUCACCAAUCAAGAAGUUACCAGAAUGUUGUUGAGGAAUAUUGACGGGUAUUUGUCAAGCGAGUUGAGCAAGGUUGCUUCACAAAUAGGAGAUUGUGAGACAAGUUCAUUUGUUUUCAUAGGAUCGCAGAAUCCUGAUGUGCUUUCAACACCUGACUUCCACUAUGUCUAUUUUAAUCCGGCUUCGCUGAGUCUCACGUCAUCGUUCACGGAAUCACCAAAUACUCCGAAGCCAGCAUUACCACCUCCUGAAGUGAGC